AUGAAAUUACCAAGUAUUUUUUUUAGCUGCCUCCUUUUAUUCACCUGUGUUACUUGCUUACCUGUUUAUAACAAAAGGGAACGGUAUCUAAUCCAGCUUAAAGAUCCCGAUUCUGUAGAAAUUCUAUGUUUGCAGGAUGACUCUGUGACUUCGUUUUCCCAUUUACGUAAAGAAAUAAAAAAAGUUUUUUCCUUUGGAAAAUUUGAAGGAUUUGUUGGAGAAUUUUCCAAAGAUAUUAUUGAUAGAAUAGCAAGGAAUCCGUUGGUGGAAAAAAUCACACAAGAUUUUGCUAUUCAAGCCUUCGACAAAGUAAUAUAUCAGGAAGAUGCACCCUCUCAUUUAGUGCGGCUUUCACAAAAAGCACCGGUUGAAGAAGUAACUGAUACUACGUAUUACUAUGGAGAGGAAUCACAAGGACAAGACGUCACUGUUUACAUAGUUGAUACAGGGGUGUUUGUUGAGCAUCCGGAUUUUGAAGGUCGUGCAACACUGGGCCCCAACUUCUCAACAGACAAGAGCAACAUCGACUACAUUGGACAUGGAACCCAUGUUGCAGGAAUUGUUGGAUCGAAAACCUACGGUGUAGCCAAAAAAGUGAAUAUCCAUUCAGUGAAAGUUUUGGAUAGACUGGGUCAAGGGUCAUUAUCUUCUGUCAUUGCUGGUUUAGAAUAUGCUGUCAAACACUCGGAAAACAUUGGCAACAAGGGCGUAGUUAACUUAUCCCUAGGAGCAGCAAAGAGUGCAAUUUUAGAUUCCGCCGUAAAAGCAGCAUACGAUGCUGGAUUAUUGGUGGUAGCAGCAGCAGGUAAUAACAAUAGGAAUGCUUGUCAGACUUCCCCGGCAGGUUCAACCUACACAUUAACUGUUGGAGCAAUUGAUGAUAAGAGCGAUACAAUUGCAAGUUUCUCUAAUUUUGGUUCUUGUGUAGAUAUAUUUGCUUCCGGAGUUGAAGUACAUAGUUUAAAUGUCGAUAAAGAUGACAAUGAUGAGCAAGUUCUAAGUGGUACAUCUAUGGCUAGCCCGAGUGUGGCAGGUUUGGCAGCGACAAUGCUUGAACAGGGUGUACCUCCUGAACGGAUUAAAGAAGAAAUGCUAAACAUUGCUAUCUGGAAUGCAAUUCCACAUUCCGAUAUAAAAUUGAAAAGCAGUACACAUAAUACCAUUGUUUAUAAUGGUUUCGGUCGUGAUGUUACUAGGGUAACAGCUAGUUGA